GCAACAAAUAUAUUAUAUUGAAUUGAUCAAUCUGUCUGGGCUUAUAAAGGGAACACUGGGUAAGCAUCCACCUUGGAUAUUAAAAUUCCAUGUCUGCUAUAAUCAAUGAGCUUUGGUGUUGAAAACUCUCUCUUUUACAAAGCUUUCAUAAAAGCAUACUCAUUCUUAGCUGCUAAUCUUGAGGCAUAGAACCAGGCAAAGCUAGUCCUGUGCUUUAAGUAAUCUUUUUUAUCCUUAACUGCUCUGAAAGAGGCUCUUUCAAGCCUUUCAAGCUUAAUGAUAAUAUUUUCACCUUCUGGAAUCCACAAAGUCAAAUAUCAGAUUCUUUUCCUACAUCAAAUUUGCUUCCUAUUUUAGUAAUAUGGUCCCUCUUCAUAAAAGUUCUUAAGGCGAGGUAAUUAUAUCCAGGAUAGUUAAAUGCAAAACCCAUCACACUUAGAGUUCUUAUGAAUGAUUAACUUUCGCUUCAAUAAAUUCUGAAUAAUUUUGAAGGUGUUUGCUCUUUUAAGAUUUAUGAUGAAUUGAAUCAAUUGAGCAGGACAAACUCAUGAUACUUCAUACCCCUCUCAAUUGCUGUUAGUACUCUGAAAUGUUCUUUUGUCAGAUAAUGAAUCAAAGAGAGGUUAUUUCACACGACUUACAUCUUAGUCAAGCUUCAUUACCUCGCUUUAAAACUUCAAUAUU